UUCACCCUCCUCCAGCCAGCACUGGCUCAUCACUGGCACACCAAAUGCGACCUGUCCCAUCUGGGACCCUGCGGUGUGAAUUUUUAGGGUGGAAUAGUUUGACGGGGGGGGGGGGGGGGGGGGGCUCCGCAGAUUCCUCUUACAUGCCAAAAAGGUUCAGUUGCAGUGAGAAGGCCAGAGAUGUUACACCAGGAAGCAAUCCCACCAAAACGUGAUGCAUUUGUGCACUUUUGACCUCCACCAAGGCCCACCCCAUCCCGAUAUGGGGUCUGUUUGUCUAUAUAUAUAAAUAUAAAUAUAAAUAUAUAUAUAUUUUUAAGCAAGGGUUAAGGUUGAAAAUGGGGGUUCAAUGACAGUUUGGGGUUUAAAAUUCUGUUUCAAACUAAUAUCAUGGUCUCAAAAUAGGGUUUCUCGCCAGGGUUCUGGUUUCACGUUAGCGUUUCUUCUGUAUGUCGGAUUUCAAAGUAUGGUUUCAUAGGGUCAAGUUCGAGGCCAGCGUUAGCUUUGCAAGCUUUCAAGCCAAGAUUAGGCUUUCAAAGUUUAUGGUGACCCUUGCUGUAAACGUUCAGAGAUACAAAAAGGGUGUCGGCCCGCACUGCACUUUAUGAAUAAUGAAGCACCGUGGAGAAAAAAUGACGUAAACUCUGCGGCGCUCUUUGCAGGCUCCGGCGAAGCAGGUGAGGCGAGGCAAGGCCGGCCGGCGUGGAGGCGCGCGCAACCGGGCGUGAUGCGCCCGUGACGUCGGUUCCGUCUGAGACCUUUAAUCCCUCUGCCGCAGCAGCCGAGGAGCGAGGAGGGGGGCAGCCAGCAACCGACGUGGACCGCACAAGCUAACGGCGAGCAGGACCCCCCCCCCCCCCCCCCCCCACCCCUCAACACUCACCCACUUCUGUUAUUAAAAAAAAAAGAAAGAACGCAUACUCGCUGGGUCGUGGUUGAAAGCUCACCAUAGCGACCCAAACCAAAGCGGUAGCCGGUGCCGGUUCCGUACAGGCCAGGCCCCCUCCGUGCAUCCCUCCCCCUCCGCCAGACAUCCUCCCUCCACAUUGUCAUCAUUUUCAAGCGUAACGAGGCGGAUCGGGGCUGCAAAGCAUGCGGGAUGAGCCUGCGGGGCUGACACGCACUCCGACGCCGCCGUCCACCGACCAGGAGCCCGCCAGCCGCGGCCGAGAGCCGGCGUCAAGCGUUCGCCGCUGCCCGGUGCCGCCGGAUUACGAGCGGCGAGGCUUCCGUCCGACGCGGCCCGCCCGUGACCUUCAAAUCGGCGGGGAAAGACAGCGGCGAUCCGGCGAGCUCGCCCCCGAGUCCCGGGAGGACGCCGCCGAUGCCGCGACGCCACCGCCAUCCCCGCCGCCGACUUUCCUGACUUCGUCCCGCGCCGUCCCAAUGGACUCCCCCGCGGGCCACCAAGUCAACAACGCCAAUGACUGUAACAUAUUGUCCGGAGGUCUGGUCGCCGCCUUCCCGGAGAUGCAGAGCACCGGCGGCGGCUCUCCCUCACCCUCCCUCGCGGGCUUCGGGCCGCCUUGGUCGGUGCAGACGUGCAGCUCGUCGCCCCCUCCUCCUCCUUUUCCUGCUCCCCCGCCUCCUCCCGCUCCACCUGCGCCCGCCUGCACCUCCGCCGACAGCAGCGGCGGCUUCUACGGGGGGAUGCCGUCACCGUCCGUCAAUCCGGCUUUCUACCAGGGUUUCUCGGCUAAUCCGUGCUCCGGGAUUAACGUGCAGGGUUUCGGCGGGCCCUUCUCGCCGCAGAUCCGCCGCUCUCCCAUCAACCCGCAGAUGCACAACCAGCAGGGCGCCUUCCUGCAGCAGAGGAACAACUACAACCAACAUCAGCCUAUGAUGAAGCAGUCUCCCUGGGGUCCUCACCAGGGCAACGGCUGGAGUUCGGGCGGCGUGUCUUGGGGGCGCGACCACCGCAAGGGGGCGGGCCAGGGCGGACACGUCUCGUCGCCCCUCAAGAAGGCCUUCCCGAGUAAUGUCAUCGCCCCGCCCAAGUUACCGCGCUCAGCUGCCUCGCUGGGGCCUAAGGCUUGGCCGGAGGACAACGUGUUUCGCGCGGAUGGCAACAGUAACCCUUUGCUGCCCCUGCAGGACCGCUCCAGGCUACACGAGAGUCUCAACAUGCAUUCGCUGGAGAGCUCCCUGAUUGACAUCAUGCGAGCCGAGCAGGAUCCCAUGAAAGGUCGCAUUGGAUGCCUGAACCAGGCUGCCGACGGGCUCCUCAUGCUCAACGCCAGGAGUUAUGGGAGACGUCGAGGGCGCUCUUCUCUUUUCCCCAUCGAUGACAAUCUCCUGGAUGAUGCUCAUGGCAACCAGGGUCUCUCGGGGGUCUUGGGUUCGGCCGGCUGCUACCCGCAUCAGAACGGCGAACGCAUCGAGCGCUUCUCGCGCAAGGUGUUUGUGGGCGGGUUGCCGCCUGACAUAGACGAAGAUGAAAUAACCUCCAGCUUCCGCCGUUUCGGUCACCUGGUGGUUGACUGGCCGCACAAAGCUGAGAGCAAGUCCUACUUUCCACCCAAAGGAUACGCCUUCCUGCUGUUCCAGGAGGAGACGUCGGUGCAGGCUCUGAUUGAAGCCUGCAUGGAGGAGGACGGGAAGCUCUACUUGUGCGUCUCCAGCCCCACCAUCAAGGAUAAACCCGUGCAAAUCCGUCCUUGGAACCUGAGCGACAGCGAUUUUGUGAUGGACGGCUCUCAGCCCCUGGACCCCCGCAAGACCAUCUUUGUGGGAGGCGUCCCUCGUCCCCUGAGAGCAAUCGAACUGGCCAUGAUCAUGGAUCGCCUCUACGGGGGCGUCUGCUACGCCGGGAUCGACACCGACCCGGAGCUCAAGUACCCCAAAGGGGCGGGGCGGGUGGCCUUCUCCAACCAGCAGAGCUACAUCGCCGCCAUCAGCGCCCGAUUCGUGCAGCUGCAGCAUGGUGACAUCGACAAGCGGGUGGAGGUGAAGCCGUACGUGCUGGACGACCAGUUGUGCGACGAGUGCCAGGGCGCUCGCUGCGGCGGCAAGUUUGCGCCCUUCUUCUGCGCCAACGUCACCUGCCUGCAGUAUUAUUGCGAGUUCUGCUGGGCCAACAUCCACUCGCGUGCCGGCCGUGAGUUCCACAAGCCCCUGGUCAAGGAGGGAGCCGAUCGCCCGCGCCAGAUUCACUUCCGCUGGAACUAGAAGAUAUCAAUGUAAGCCCCCAGCUAAACCAGAGUUGUCCAAACCUGGAGCCGUUUGCAGCCUGCCGCCAUUUUUUUUUUUUUAGACAACACACUUAAAUUCAUAGCCAACCAGACAAAAAUAAUUCACAAAAGCAAACAAGUGUCAUGACAUUAUCUUGCCAAAGUCUUUUUCAAAAGUCUGACAGCCAACAGUGCUGAUUUAGCGGUUUAAUAAGUGAAAAUGAAUCUGGACGCAUUUUCCAUUUUAAACAAAACAGGCUUUGUCAAAUGCAUCUGUAACCGUACGAUUUUCGCUCCUUAUCUAAGAGAAAAUCCAGACUUUCAUUCUUGAGACGACAUCAUCAUGUCUCACAGCUCACGCAGACUGAGGUGGAGUCUUUUCAACGCAUUCAAUUGAUUAAUAACGUGUGAAAAUAACACACGACGUAGCGUAGAGUUGCUUAAAAA